CUGUUUCAAUUUUUCAAAUCAGUAAUUUUCGUAACACGUACAAAAUACAGACGCACAACACUAGAGACGGAGCCGAGAACCCUCGCUUUACCAGUACGUGAGAGAAUAUGUCAUCGCUGUGCAACGUUUAAAACUUUCGGUCGUCUGUCGUCGUGAAUCCCUACUUCUCCCCCUUCUCGCUUGAUUCGUUACAGAGUGUUGUUCUGUAGCUGCACCGUUUGAAUCGGCCACAGCCGAGUCUCUCGCAUUGUGACUGGUCAGCGUUGUAAAAAGCCGAGAACCGUCGCUUCAGCAGUACGUUAGAGCAUACGACGCUGCUUCUCAACGAUCGAAAUUUUCAUCUUUUGUUUUGUUGACGAUACGAGUGUUCGUUCGAGUUUAUCCGUUUAAAUCGAUUAGUUACUGGUCAGAAGCUACGACGCUGGCAAAGUUUGAUUUUAUGAGUGUCGACUCGGAAUUUUUUCGUUACAUCUUACUUUAAUUUUAAAAGUGGAACGUUUUAGACUACAUCGGAUCGUACGAGUAUUGACGAACUAUUUUUCGAUCAAGAAGCUGUAAAAAUGACUUUCACUUGGACUGAUCCUAAAGUUGUUGCACUGAUUGAGGAAGUUGAAAAAUAUCCUACAAUAUGGAACUUAAAACAUCCAGACCACAAAAAACAAAAGGUGUUGUCUUCAAUUUGGAGCAAAAUUGCAACAACCGUUGGCGUUGGAAAGCUUCAAGCGAGGAACAAAUGGAGAACAUUGGCAACAACUUUUAAAAGUGAACAUGCCAAAUACAAAAUUAAUUUACCAUCUGGGUCUGCAGCUACUUUUGAACCUGAGGACAGGUGGAAUUUCUACGAUGACAUGAGUUUUAUGAUUCCCUGUAUAGAAAUGGAAAUGAGUGGAAAUAUCAAUCUGAGUUUUCAUGAAAUUUAUGCUAACCAACCUACGAGUCAUGGUAUUGUGUCAUCAUCAGUGNCUCUAACGUACUGCUGUCGCAACGGUUCUCGGCUGUUUUACAGCGCUGACCAGUCACAAUGCGAGAUACUCCGUUGUGACCGAUUCAAAUGGAGUAGCUAG